UCGAGAUACAUUAAUAAUUUUUUCCCCCGACUCGUUAUUUCCCAUUCGUCGUUCCAUUCGAAAUUAUUCCUUCCUAGAUUCACCUCCUAGAUUCGUUCUCUUUGCCCCGACUUAUAGAUACGGCAAAGUUACAAUAAGGAUGAACGGGUCAUCCGUCGAUUCUAUCCGGCUACAUUGUUGUAAUACUGAUACGCGCAACAAUUUAGAAACCAAAUUCCUAUUUUCUACGAUUUGUGUCGAUUCCUUUUCCUCUGCCUGUCGUCUCGCAUUUAUAUUAUUUUCCCUUUGAGAACGAAAAGAGAGAGAGAGGAAGAAAAAAGUUUAGAAAUUGGAUUGGGCGCGUUAUCGAUAUCGACAACGAGAUAACACGCUUUCUCGAUCGAGUUAUUACGGUUAUUCAAACCCAUCUGAAAUGCGAGAAAGGUUGCGAGGUUUGGUAUCUAUCGAUCAAACGAAGCCUAGGCAACGAGUGCUGUCAAUGCGAGUUUCUUGUAUUUUUGAGGAGUCAUGUUAAAAUAAUCGCUUUCGCAAAUUUCUCACACGCUUACGGAAGAUUUAGCUUCUAUAUACAGUAGUGUUAGAUAUAAAGGAACGGUGGUAAAAAUGCAAGAAGAGUGCGACUUUCAAUCGUCUUUGAUGGAGAAAAAAGUCUCGGCCGAAGCCAGGCUCGACACCGCAGCAAGUAGUAUCACUUUGUCGGAGACAGAGAUCAAAAAAUCGAUACCGAAGGAUUCGUCGGUGGAUUUCGACGUGCUUUCCUCCUCGUCGUUGGACGUUCUCACGAAGAUGGGCGUAGAAUUACAAAAGAACGAGAGCUCGUCGGAGGAACAGGCGAACAUGGCGACCGCGUCUACCCCGGAGCCCAUACCGGAAGUCGACAACGAUGACGACUCUAACUGGCUCUCGUAUUUCGACUGCAACGCCAUAUUCGACGUCACCUACGAGAAUCAAUCAUACUACAACUCGACCAAAGCCGAGAAGGACAGCGACAGCGAUUUGGACGACACUUUGACAUUCGACGACGCGGAGGAGGGCGAGGCCCUCGUCCUCGAUGAGAACGACACGUAUCCGAACUCUUAUCAACAAUCGUUCGAGGAGACUUGCGAGAAGAAGAUGGACGACAAUAAUUUCGUCGUCUCUGACAAGGUUUCCAUACUCGAGAUGAAUCAAGACUCGCGCCAAGUGGCCGAGAAUAUCGAGUCGAACGAAGGGGCGAAGGAGGAGGACGAGGAGAAGGAUCGAAGUAAUCUCGAUUCGAGCGAUCGGAUCGACGAAAAACUCGAAACUUCGGCGAGGAUCGAGUCGGUGACAAUCGAGAAGAUCGAAGACGUCCCUUCGAGGGACGAGGAGGAGACGGUUGACGAGGGCAAGAUAAUAGAGUUGAAAACGGAGAGGAGAAUGGACGAUUUCUCGAGCGAUUCCGAGGACGAGUACGAGGGGAAUCUGAUUUAUUCCUCGCCAAACGUGAACAUAUCCGCGUAUUUCAAAUACAGGGACAGUAUGAAGGAGCCCAAGUACGAGGCGACUAUAGAUCAGUUGAACGCCAUGUACUCGAAGGAAUCGAGUAAAUCCGUGAUUUUGGAGGAAAUCGUGGAGGAGCCGUCCCUCGAGGAGGCGGGGAAAAACUCGGCUACGAACGAAACGAAGGAAGACGAAGCGAAGAAGGAGGACGAAGCGAAGAAGGAGGACGAAGGGAAGGAGGCGAAUUUCACGGGGACGAUUCCUUUGGAUCAAAGGAAAGGAUCCAAGUUCGUGGAAUUGAAUUCCCCCGAGGAGUAUUUGGAGAGAUUGGCGGAGAUCACGGAGUCGGAUUGUCCGAGAACCGAGGAGGAGGCUCACGAGAAGUUGAAGAGGAUCGCCGAGGGGAAGGCGGAGAUAGAGAACAGGAAGAACGAGGCUCUGGAGGAUCUGUCGGUGGAGUUCGAUAAGAUCGAGAAACUCGUCGCGGAGACCAAGUCGUCCGCGGACCAAGAAUACGACAGCGGAUCAGACGAGAGCUCGGACGAGACGAGGGAGGAUAUCGAUAUAGGCAAGGAUAUAGAGCUGCCUUUGACCAAGGACCAAGUAGCGGAGAGCUUUAAAUUCAAAACUAUUCAAAAGAGCGUGGAGGAGGAGGAGAAGCGUCGCGCGGAAUUGUUGCAAGAAUGCCUCCAAGUGAUUCCAAAAAUACCAGAAACGGAGGAGGAUCUCGUGGACGAGCGAGAUAUCCAAGAUACGAUCGCGAAAGAGAAGGUGGACGACGAUAUCCUGUCGGAGGAGGCCUCGAAAGAGGAGGAGGAGGAGAAGGAGGAGAAGGAGAAGGAAGAGGAGGAGGUGAAGGAGGAGGAAGGCGAGAGCGCGAAGACGAUCGUCGACGAGGCCUCGACGACGGAAAGCAAGUCAACGGUGCAGGGCAUCGUCCAAGACAUUAUCGACGAGACCGAGGAUUCGUUGUUUUGGCGAUUCAAUAAGGAGCCGGAGAGGACUUACAUCAAGGGGAAGGUGUACGAUUUCGACGAGAAGAAACACGGCGCCAGAAUGACCGAGGAGUUUUUGAAAAAGCACUGCAAGCAGCAUAAACUUUAUCAAACACCGCAUCUGAACGACGUACUUUAUCUUCAUUACAAAGGUUUCUCUUUCAUCGAGAACCUCGAGAAGUAUACAGGCUUGAAGUGUUUGUGGCUGGAGAACAACGGGAUCAGGGAGAUCGCGAAUCUGGAGAAUCAGGGCGAGCUCAAGUGCUUGUUCCUUCACAAUAAUUUGAUCAGCAGGAUCGAGAAUCUCGAGUACCUGACCAAGCUCGACACUCUGAACCUCUCUUACAACACUAUACGAAGGAUUGAGAAUCUCGAUAGCCUCAAGUUCCUGAAUACUCUAAACCUGUCGCACAACUACUUGCAAAGUACCGGUGACAUUGAGCAUCUCCGAUUGCUGGACAGCCUCUCGGUACUGGAUAUUUCUCACAACAGGAUAGACACCGACGAAGUCGUUAAUGUGAGUCCGUUAUGUUUUCCUUAAGCGUCGCU